AUGCCUGAUACAAAAUCCAUGGCCAUGAAUGAAGAUGAUGACCGAGACGGACGACCGGCCCACUCCGAGAAGGAUUCCUUCGAGAAGCAGCGUUGGGUUUUCACACACGGUACAUCGAACAAGGGUGGUCGGGAGUAUGAUAGGCUGUUCAGAUUGGAGCCCCAGAAGUUCCUAAUUGAAGUGGCAGUGGAUCGACCAGCGGGAGGCAGACGGCGAGAAUUGCCCGGAACAUGGAUUGGCGUUGAGAGCCCGAGACAGGGGAACCUCGAGUCGCUUCCCGGGCAUGACUCGCCCUAUCGAUCGCGUGGGUGA